GGUGUGUCUAAGCUUGCUCCAUCGACAGCCUGGUCAUGGUGGCCAUGCGCCGCUAUGGAUACCGCCCUUCGACGUUUCCCUUCCGAUCCAUAGAAAAGGAACCGCUUUUGUUUUCGCUAGGUUUCGGGAAGAUGGCGGAGGAAUCCGAGAGCGUUCGAGUUGGAAUGGCCGGUGGCGAGCCGGGAAUCGAGGCGCUUCCCGAGGCGUGCAUCGCCAACGCCAUCUCCCUCACGUCGCCCCGCGACGCCUGCCGCAGCUCCGCCGUCUCCGCCGCCUUCCGCUCGGCUGUUGCUUCUGACACCGUCUGGGACCGCUUUCUCCCUUCCGAUCUGAAGUCGAUCCUCGCCCUUGCCGAUCAUCCGGUCGACUUCUCGUCCAAGAGGGAGCUCUUUUUCCGGCUCUGCGACAGACCGAUCUUCUUCGACAGCGGCAAAAUGACUUUAUCAUUGGAUAGAUCGAGCGGAGCGAAGUGCUAUAUGCUUUCUGCUAGAGAGCUAGUCAUUACGUGGGCAGAUACGAACGUCUACUGGAGGUGGGUUCCGGAUCCAGACUCCAGGUUCUCAGAGGUUGCUGAGCUCUUAGAUGUAUGUUGGUUGGAGAUUCAUGGGCACUUUAACAGCAAAAUGCUUUCUUCAAAAACAAAAUAUGCUGCACAUCUCAUCUUCAAACUAUCUGAUAGUGCUGUCGGUCUAGACUAUCCACCUCAAGAGGCAUCAGUAAAACUAGGAACACAGUCGUCCACUAACUUGGUCUGCUUGCAGCCCAACAAGAAUCAAGACACAGAUGAGGAAGAUACUGACGAGGAAGCCACUGGACAUGUUGUUCCGCAGUCAAGGGGCGAUGGAUGGAUGGAAAUCGAGCUGGGUGAGCUCUACAACAAUGGGGAAGACGGCGAUGAUAAUGAAGUCGAUAUUAGUUUGUUGGAAGUGAAAGGAGGGCACUGGAAGGAUGGCCUCAUCAUUGAGGGAAUCGAGAUCAGGCCUAAAAUCUAAACCAAAUUGCAAUGUCUCCUGCUAGCUUUGUCCUUCCGACAGUGAUCCUUAAACAACUCGCGUCCCCAGCUCAUGUGUUGCAGAUAAUUUGCCUGAAAAGAAUUUUGGGGAAUACACGUGUGAGAAAUCUUUGUUCUUUAGGAUUUCGAUCAAGAUUUUAAAACGUGUUAGUGGCAAAACACUUCCAAUUCCUGUGAGAAUGGGCUCCAUUUUGUAUCUCAUUUUGGAUAUUGAUCCUCACUCAUGAUUGUUUUAGCAUUGAGCGUACUACCGUAGUAUUGAAAAAGUUAUAUUGUAACAUCUCAAUACUUGUAUAAAAAAUUAAAAAAAAUAAUAAUAAUUUUGAAAAAA